AUGGCAAACAGGGAAGUUAGUAAAGUACUGCUUAUUAAGUUAAGAUUGUCAGAAACAGCAUAUGGAUCAAUUUAUGCACAAUUCGAUGAGUAUUUAGACUGUAGCUUUAGAUUUGAUUACCAAUCAAGAUACCUCGUACAUUUGAAGCUUAGUAAUCCAUACGGUCGGAAUGAUUUUAAUGAAAUAAAUGGGACACAUUUGGAUGGAUUUAGUGAUGACGAUGUUCAAGUUAUUGACAAUGGAAAAUAUUCAUUUUCUAAAAAUAUUCCAUCAAUUUUAUGCAGUCAGUUCAAAAAUACUCAAGAAAUCAACUAUCUAGGAAUGUUGGUACAGAAUGUUAAUCAAGAUGCAUUCACAGAUUGUGUGCAUUUACUUAAAUUGACGAUCAUGGACGGUCAAUUCACGGAGUUACCUGAAAAUUUGUUUUUCACUAAUAUUGAGCUACAAUAUAUAGCUAUAGUGUCGUUUAAGCUAGCUUCAUUACCUCAAAAUAUUUUCAUUAAUCAACAAUUUUUAGAAAUCUUGAACUUGGGCUACAACCAGAUCUCAGACAUGCCAGAAAAUAUCUUCAAAUCACUAAGGAAGUUGCGACAGUUAUAUCUUUCUGGCAAUAAAUUCACCGACUUAAAGGUUGAAUGGUUUGAGUCACUAGAAAAUUUAGAAUCUUUGUUCCUUGACAACAAUGAAAUCCAAGACCUUCCAGUCAAUGCUUUUAAACAUCUCACAAGUCUAAUAGAAGUGCAUUUACACAAAAACAGACUUAAAGUCGUCUACUCAGAUUCCUUUAAUACUCUAAUCAGAUUAAAGACAAUCAGGCUCGAUGAAAAUGAAAUAAUAGCUGUGGAUAAGAAGCUAAUUGAUAAUACACGUGUAAAUUCCAUUGAUAUGACGAUGAACUUCUGUGCUGAUAAGAUUAUUGCUGAUAAUACGGUGAUGCGACUGACGAUGAAAAUGGAAUUGGCGCAAUGUUUUAAACAUUUUGAGAAUUUAAUUGAAGCCAUUGAUCCCUUUAUUAUCGGAGGCACACCAGCACAACUAGGUCAAGUGCCAUUUCAAGCAUCCCUUCGUGCCUGGGGCACAACGUUUCACUUUGCUGGAGGAGCUUUAAUUAGCAAUCGAUGGAUUCUUACUGUUGCACACAAGGUUUCAGGACGUGCUGAUAAUUCGAUUGAAAUCGUUUUCGGGGCUGUAUUGCUUACAGCUAGUGGAACAAGCAGACGAAGUGACAGAAUUUUCACCCAUCCUGAAUUCAGCUUUGAGACAAUGGCUAAUGAUAUCGCAUGCGUCAGAACAGGAACUUCAGUGCCACUUGGACAAACUAUUCAACCUAUUUUUAUGCUCGGUUCUGUAGUAACGGAUGUUGGACUUACAUCUCAGGUCAGCGGCUUUGGUGCAACAGACCCCAACAAAGGUGAAAAUGCUGACACUCUUAUGGUCUUGACUGUCCAAACAACAUCAAAUGCUAUUUGCAUGCAUGCUCAUGGUGCCUCAAGAAUCACUGAUGGUCACAUUUGCACAAUUGGCUUCCAAUCAAACACUGGAUUCUGUACAACAGAUGUCGGUUCUCCUUUGAUUCAUAAUGCAAAUCUUAUUGGUAUUGCUUCAUGGCAUCCACUUCCAUGCGGUCUUGAUGGAUAUCCAGACGUCUAUUCGAGAAUUUCGAUGUAUCGUAGCUGGAUUGCUGAAAUAACCGGCGUGUAAAUUUAUUUUGAGAAUAUUUAAUUUCCAUUAAGAAAUAUUCCCGCAAAACUAUAAAUUGAUUUUGACAUUCAUUAGAGAAUAAAUGAGCAGACAAAAUAAACAGAAUUUCAAUCAACAAAUUUCCUAAAAGCAUUUUCAGAAUAUAAUAAUUUUGAAAAGUACGGAAAAUGGAUGUGCGAUUAAAAUUUUAAUCC